AUGCUGAGAAGAGGAGCAAUGCUCUGGAGGAAGAUAUUCCAGAAGAAGAUGUUUGUGGAGAUCGAUGACGAACCUCUAUUGAUAAUCACUUUUUACUUUGUAGGAGCCAUCAAAUCAGUUUAUGCUCCAGAGCCCUUUGAUGUUGGGCGAGUCUUGCAAGCUGAUAUUGUUUUAGAUGGCUACCAAAUCACAUUGGCAACUGCUGGUCCCAUUGAUCCAGCUGCUGGUUUGGGAAGCUAUGUGGAGGCCCUUGUGCGGAAGCAUGACACAGAAUUCAAUGUUGUUAUAACCCAGAUGAAUGGUGCAGAUCAUCCAUCAGAGUCUAUUCACAUGCUCCAUGUGGGAAAAAUGAGGAUAAAACUUUGUAAAGGAAAGGCAACAAUUGCUAAAGAAUACUAUUCAACUUCAAUGCAGCUCUGUGGGGUUAGAGGAGGAGGUAAUGCUGCAACUCAGGCAUUGUAUUGGCAAGCGAAGAAAGGGCUUUCCUUUGUAUUAGCAUUUGAGUCAGAGAGGGAUAGGAAUGCAGCCAUUAUGCUCGCCAGGAGGUUUGCAUUUGAUUGCAAUAUCAUGCUUGCUGGGCCUGAUGACAGAGCUCCUCAAGGAACCUAACAAACGUGCAUAGUUUUCGUCUUCACUUAAUGUAAUUAUGUUGGUUUUCCUAUAACAUAUACUUGAAAGAAGUUUGCGUUAGUUGAGCAUGGCAUUGUUGUGAUUGUAAUAUUGGUUUCCAUGAUUCUUCCUUCUUCCUCCUUUUUCUUUCCCAUUCCCUUCCACCGCCAAGGCAUCCUUUUAGUUGCCUUUAUGUCCUAAUGUAACAAAUUUUCAGCUUGCAUUUGGAGAAUUUAUUUGCAGCUGUGUGUCAAUCUGUAAAGCUUUAUUUCAGUGUUGAGUGAUAUUUUGAUGACUAAUGCCUAUAUACAAUUGUUGUUGUUAGUAA